ACCUAGUUGAAUUGAUUUCCUUUCAUUAUUCUGGAGUUUUAUGCUUGUACGCGGCUUUGAAUGCGGCGUAAAUUGAAAAAAAACUAACUCAUAAACAUAAUUAAGGUUAAGAAUAGCACCCUGCCAGUUUCGUUUUACUGAUUCCGGAUACUGUUGUGUAUUUAUGUGAAAUGUGACGUCGAAUACGGAAGCCUCGGAUGGCCAGAUGGAAAGAAAAUAAACACCUUUAGCAGAACAUCCACCAUGGAGAUCCAGGAGAUGGACCUCAGAGAGAUGGGCUCUGUGAUCCAAUCCCAUGUGGUCUUGGAGGUAUCCAGUAAGGUCCAGUCACUCCUGGAUUCACUGGAAACCACCACGCUAGAGAUUGCGGUGACAGGUGACUCAGGUGUUGGCAAGUCCACCUUCAUCAAUGCUCUGCUGGGGCUUAACGAUGGCGACCGCCAUGCUGCCCCUACUGGCGUAGUUGAGACCACAGUUUCACCCACGCCUUACCAGCAUCCUCGCCUGCCCAGCGUCCGCCUUUGGGACUUGCCAGGCAUUGGCACCCCGUGCUUCCAAGCCAAGACUUACCUGCAGCAGAUGGAAUUUGAGAGAUAUGACUUCUUCAUCAUUGUGGCAUCGGAGCGGUUCCGGCAGAACCAUGUUAUGCUGGCCCAUGCUGUGCAUGCCAUGGGAAAGCGCUUCUACUUUGUCCGUUCCAAGGUGGACCAGGACUUGCGGGCUUCACAGCGACGAAGGCCAACCCGUUUCCAGGAGGUUCAGGUGCUGCGGGAGAUAGAGGCAGACUGCAUCCGCCAACUAAAGCAAGAAGGCCUGGAUUCUCCCAAGGUCUUCCUGGUCUCCAGCUUUGAAUUGCACAGAUUUGACUUCCAGCGCUUGCAAGACACUUUGGCUGAAGAGCUGGAGAGCCACAAGCGGCAUGCUCUGCUGCUUUCUUUCCCCUCUGUCACCGCUGUGGCUGUGCAGAAGAAGAAAGAUGCGUUGCGCAAGCACAUCUGGAAGAAGGCCUUGCUGGCGUGCGUUGUCUCGGCCUUGCCCGGCCUUCCUCUCCAGCUCAACAUCCCCAUGCUCAUGAACACCCUAGGCUCCUACCGCCGGAGUUUUGGCCUGGACGAUGACUCUCUCGGGGCCUUGGCCAUCACGGCCUCCAAGUCCCAUGGUGUACUGAAAAACCAGGUGUGCUCAACAUUAGGCAAGGAUUUCUCGGAGAAUGCUGUCCAGGCCAUCCUGGGCCAAGCUGCCCUCUAUGGGCAGGUGGCCGCCCGGCUGGUGAAGAACAAGGUGCCCCUUUUCGAUAACAUGGUAGCUGGGGCCAUCUCUUUCACAGCCGCCUAUUACCUGCUGCAUACUGCCCUGGAUAGCUUUGCACAAGAUGCCCAGAGAGUCCUAGAAAGAGCCUACGGUUUGGAGGAUGAGGACCAAGGCUCCCUCUGCUACCCUCCAGAACCUGGAUUCAUCUAUGACUGAGGAUAAGCCAAGAAAGCCAUCUAAGGGUGCCUAUGGAUAAUUGACCAAAGCUCUCUCUGUUUUAUGCUCAUCUUGCUUCUCUUUCCCAUUCUCUUGGUCCAGCUAGCCAGGAAAAGGUAUUAAUAUAGACUUCCCCGACCUGGUGCCUUCCAGAUGUCUUGGUCCUCAGCUCCCAUCACUGCCAGCCAACAUAGCUGAUGGGACUUGCAGUCCAGCAUAUCUGGACGGCACCAGGAUGGGGAAAACUGCACUCAUAAGCCUCCGUAUGCUCCUCGUGUUAACAUUCCACUAGUGAACGCUGAGAUCGUUCCUUGGGAGAGGCCUUCAAAGAAUGGUGCUACAAGAACUGAGAACGUUCUCAGAAUUUCUCUUUGAUGUAGUGGGAUUAAACAGUGGGGAGAAGGAUCCUCACUCCAUUAUUGAUGGAAGAUGCAGGAGAAUAAGUUACAAGAAUCUUAUGGACGGUGGCCCGUAUGAACCCUUUGGAACCCUGCCAUGGCAGCAGAACAAUGCAGACUUAGGUGUUGCAUUCUAGAGUAGUAACUUCGGGCCAAUGUAGACAUAUUUGUCACUUAUUUUGCCCUUGGAUGAUUGUUGGUGUUUUCCCCCCACAGAGAGCCAGCACAGGGUUGUGGUAUGGAGGGAGGGGGGUUAACUGUUUGCCCUCACUGUAAUCUCAGUCAGAAUUCAUGAGCUUUCCAUGCUGGAUCUGACUGAGGGUCCAUCUAGUCCAGCACUCUGUUCACACAGUGGCCAACCAGCCAUUGGCCAGAGACCAACAAGCAGGACAUGGUGCAACAGCACCCUCCCACCCAUGUUCCCCAGCAAUUGGUGCACACGGGCUUACUGUCUCGAAUACUGGAGAAUAGCAUACAACCAUCAGGGCUAGUAGCCAUUGAGAGCCUUCGCCUCCAGGAAUUUAUCCAACCCCCUUUUAAUGCCAUCCAAAUUGCUGGAUAUCACUACAUCCUGUGGUAGUGAGUUCCAUAAUUUCACUAUGUGCUGUGUGAAGAAGUCCAUCCUUUUAUUUGUGCUGGAUCUCCCACCAAUCAGCUUCA